GAUUUUCCGAAGUCUGCGGCUCCGAAAUGCUCUGAGUCGAAAUACUGAUGCGGCGAAUAUCAUGAGCGAUGACUCCCAUCAUACGGUGUCUCUGGAUCAUCACCGUGGUUUCUCUGUCCCCACAGUCAUCUGGCCGUAAAGUUCAUCGGUGCUACCUCGCCCGGAAACUCAACGAAGUUGGUUGGAAUCGAUGGAAUGUGAAUAACUUCCUUUGCGUGGCUGAUUUCGUGAGCGGCAAUGAAAUGAACUUGUCGAAACCCCGCGCGAAAGGUCAGAGACUCGUCGGAAUAUUCCAGAUCCCCAGUAAAUUCUACUGUUUCGAUAAGUUCGUGCCCGGGAUGCGUAACGGGAAGUGCCACGCUCUUUGCUCGGCUUUCCUGGACGAAGACCUCGAUGACGACGUCAUGUGCGCAUCUUACAUCCGUUGGCAAUACGGAUUUGAGUUUUGGCAUGGAUGGGAACGAGCAUGUCAGCAGAAGGUUCUAUCGAAUCUUCUCGACGGUUGCGAUGUGAAAGUUAAGCCGGGCCAAUGGUCCUACUGGUGA